CCACAAUAAGGACCCACUGGAUGACUCAGUGCUAUGUCUCUCACAUAAUGAUGGCUCUGUGAAAAACCAACCUCUUUCCUGUUCUAGGCAAAGUUAAAGGGAAGUGAAAGCUUGCUGGUGCAGCACUUUUUUUCUGUCUGAGUAUGUACACCAGAUAGAAGGCACGUAAGGCGAGGUGAGGCAAGGCGAUCGGCAGCAUCAACCAGAACUGUUCGAUCAUCAGCUGUCUUCAGCUUCAGAGUCCACCAUGGCUCCUGAUGAGUUUGCUGGCGGGACAGUGGUGGCCUGUGUGAUCCUGGGCCUGUCGUUCCUGGUGGGGGUCCCGGGGAACCUGCUGGUGAUCUGGACCAUCCUGAGGCACGUCCAGCAGCGCUCCCACACCGUGGUGCUCAUCCUCCAGCUGGCUGCUGCAGACCUGCUGGUGCUCAUCACCCUGCCCCUGUGGAUCUACUCCCUGGCCCGCUCCUGGGUGUUCGGGGAGGCAUUCUGUAAGGCCAUGGUGUACGUCAUCAACACCUGCAUGUACAGCAGCGUCUUCCUCAUCACCCUCAUGAGCGUCGAGCGCUUUGUCGCUGUGCGACACCCCUUUGCCUCAGCCGGCUGGAAGAGGAAGAAGGCCUUGAAUAAAGUUCUUAUUGUUCUGUGGGCUGCUGCGUUCCUAUUCAGCACCCCGGUCUUUCCAACCCAGGUGGUGGAGGGGGACCCUGGGGAGGAGCAUUGCCUGUACAGGGACUACACCUCAGACGGCCAGGAGGCAGUGUGUGUUCUACUGGAGACGCUGGUGGGCUUUGCUGUCCCCUUUUGCAUUCUUGUCGUCUGCUACAGCUGUCUCUACAGCCGCAUCGCACAGAUUACCUUUAAGUCCAAGCGUAAGUCCAUGGGGUUGAUUGCAAGCAUGGUAGUGGUGUUCGCAUUAUGCUGGACCCCUCACCACGUCGGCAACGUGCUCUCCCUCGUCAUCCUCACCAUCAAGGGGUCCCACCGCGAGGCCGCAGCACGUAUAGAGAGCGUCAGAACCACCAUGACUUUCAUCGCUGGAGCGCUCGUGUUCAUCAGUAGUUCGGUCAACCCUUUGCUCUAUGUGUUUGUGGCGCGUACGUUCCGGAGUUCCCUGAGGGAGACAGGCAUUCAGAAAUUGUUCCGGCACAUCUCAAGCACGGCUCCUGGAGAGGGGACUAAAGAACUGUCCUUUGUGACCAAGAGACCAAGCAUCUCUCAGACACAGAGCCACAGCUCCCAGUGUGUCACAGAGCCACAGCUCCCAGUGUGUCACAGAGCCACAGCUCCCAGUGUGUCACAGAGCCACAGCUCCCAGUGUGUCACAGAGCCUAAGGAACAAAUGGAUGUACUUCUAAAUAUAUGUGAAAAUGUUUCUUCCUGAGAUUGAAAACGAUGUUUAUCAUAUGUUUUUGAUAAAGAUUUUUGUGUGUAAAUUACAAAGUUUGAUUUGUCACAUUGUUUCUAUAUGUUAAUUAACUUAAAAUGUAGAAAAGCAAUUGUUAGUAAUGUUUAUGUCAAACAUAAUGCAUAUAAAAACAUUAAAAUAGGUUCUGUAUAUCAUUUUACAUGUAGUGAAUUUGAAUUAACAUUUGAAAUACUUUUUAACAUAUACACAUUUUUCUAUGUAGGCCCCAAUGUGUUAGACACAUUUUUCAGUUGUGGUAUAAUGCUAAUUUCAUGCUCAAAUGUUUUUAUAUUCCAUGUGCCACAGAAAAAAGAGCUUCAUAGAAAAAAGAACAUAGUGUCACUCUAUAUGCUUGUCUGAAGCUAUAUGAUAUGAGUAUAAUGACUGAGUGUACUGUAUGUAUUCAGCUGCUUAUCUUGAGGCCUUGCCUCCCUACAUUUAUUUUACACCCUCCUGAUCUGGAUAGAAUAUAUUUCACCCACAGCUUUAGCCUUCAUGAUAAUGGCAACCACAGAUAUCAGCCUCUUCCUGUCAUACUGAGCUUUCCAACUGUCUUCAUACUGAUCAUUUCAUUGUUAUAGUUGAAGUCAAUGAACAUGUGUAUGUACCCCAUGCCAAAUGUAUUUAUAUGUUUUAUUUUACCUUUAUUUAACUAGGUAAGUCAGUUAAGAACAAAUUCUUAUUUACAUGACGCUGGGCCAAUUGUGCGCCGCCCUUUGGGACUCCCAAUCACGGUCAGAUGUGAUACAGCCUGGAUUCGAACCAGGGACUGUAGUGACACCUCUUGCACUGAGAUGCAGUGCCUUAGACCGCUGCACCACCCGGGAGC